UUGGACAGAGUCACCGCUUCUUUCCAUCGAUUGCAAACGUUUUUUUUUCCUCGUUCGGCAUGCGAUUAUCGUCUCUUUUCCUGCUUGCUAUUUACUUUCAAACCACUGUAACACAGAAUGCGACGGACCCUUCGACUCUCCCUGGAGGCAUAGCCAGAAUUCGAUUAGAGAACAGCAUGACCAUGAGUUUUAUCUUUACGCAGUUCAACGAUCACUUAUCGUAUACUAUUUUUCUGGAUCCGAAUCUCACCGCUUACUGGAUGAACGGUGUGUGCCUUUCAUGGGUGGUUGGAUUGCCGCCUUUGCUCAAUAACACAACACAGCAAUGCGCUUUUAAAAAUAGCCAGCAAUGUCUAUCUUCCAUCCCACUCAAUCCGUGUCAAAACGGCGGAUUCAAAACAGACCGUUGCAACACUGUGGAAACACUCUCUGGUUCCAUAUCACUUUCGGACAGCCGGUUGACUGUGUUGACGCCUCUCGUUACGGUGAACAGUACGAACAUGGCGCUUAAUCCUGGCAAUGUGAAUACGAUUGCCGGACGAACCGUCAUGAUUGCUUAUACACAGUACGAAAAUGACACCAAUUCUCCUCUGCGGCAACAAACGUAUUGCUCCAUGGUCCAGCUAGGCAAUGGCACCAUUGCCAAUUUUACCCUCUCAGAGACAAAUGCGGCCACGUUAUCGUCGUCUUUUACUGGUUCCUGGGGGAUUCUUUUUAGCGGCUUUGUUUUCCUGCUUUUUCUUCUUUUACAGUGAUAGUGCGAAAAGCAUCCACUCUGAAGCCAGAGUCAUCUACAGGCUUUCAAACGCUCUACCUAACAUACCGUAAUAAACAGGCUUUUCUUUUUUUUCUUACUGGUUGACAGCUCUAGUGUAAGAGUCAUUAGGUUUUAUAGGUAACCCCAGUCCUGCCUGCCCAAGUUUUCA